AACCCAUUAUUUGACGACACUUGCCUCCUCCAGGACAAAAUCAAUUUCACCUCCAAUUCAUUGAAUUUCAUCAUCAUCAAAAACAGCACAAAUUUACCUGAACAUUUUUGCCCAUUUCAUAUGGUUUAAGAUAUAAAAGUAUGACAUAAAAUUCAAAAGCAGAGCGAGAAAAAGGUUUGAUCUUUGUGGGGAGGUGACUGCUGGGUCGGAUCCACAUCUAUCGAUCUUCAAUCCCGAUGGCCGGCGCCGCCUCGGCGCUCUUUUUGUUAGACAUCAAAGGGCGAGUGUUGAUUUGGCGCGACUACCGUGGCGAUGUCUCUGCUGCUCAGGCCGAGCGCUUCUUCACCAAGUUCAUUGAAAAAGAGGUCGAUCCUUACUCCCAAGAUCCAGUGGUUUACGACAAUGGAGUCAGCUACAUGUUCAUACAGCACAACAAUGUCUACUUGAUGAUUGCCUCGAGGCAGAACUGCAAUGCUGCUAGCUUGCUGCUCUUUCUGCAUCGUGUAAUUGAUGUAUUUAAGCACUAUUUUGAAGAGCUAGAAGAGGAAUCACUAAGAGACAACUUUGUCGUAGUGUACGAGUUACUCGAUGAAAUUAUGGACUUUGGUUUUCCGCAAUUCACUGAAGCAAAGAUUCUUAGUGAGUUCAUCAAGACUGAUGCCUACAGGAUGGAGGUGACACAGCGUCCUCCCAUGGCUGUCACGAAUGCAGUGUCUUGGCGCAGCGAAGGGAUACGAUACAAGAAGAAUGAAGUCUUUUUGGAUGUGGUGGAAAGUGUCAAUAUACUUGUCAACAGCAAUGGACAAAUAAUACGGUCAGAUGUUGUGGGGGCCCUAAAGAUGAGAACGUAUUUGAGUGGUAUGCCCGAGUGUAAGCUUGGACUGAAUGAUCGAGUGCUGCUGGAGGCGCAAGGUCGAACGACAAAAGGGAAAGCCAUCGAUCUGGAUGAUAUCAAGUUCCAUCAGUGUGUACGUUUGGCUCGAUUCGAGAAUGACCGAACUAUAUCCUUCAUACCCCCUGAUGGAGCAUUUGAUCUGAUGACAUACAGACUCAGUACUCAGGUAAAGCCUCUUAUCUGGGUGGAAGCACAGGUUGAAAAGCAUUCUAGAAGUCGUAUUGAAAUCACGGUAAAAGCAAGGAGCCAGUAUAAGGAGCGCAGCACGGCUACAAAUGUCGAAAUUCAUUUGCCUGUGCCUGCCGAUGCUACAAAUCCUAAUGUCCGGACAUCAAUGGGAUCUGCUGCAUAUGCUCCAGAGAGUGAUGCUUUAGUCUGGAAAAUUAAAUCUUUUCCUGGUAAUAAGGAGUACAUGUUGAGGGCUGAGUUUAGGCUUCCUAGUAUAACUUCUGAAGAAGCAGUUCCUGAAAGAAAAGCUCCAAUUCGUGUGAAGUUUGAAAUCCCGUAUUUUACCGUCUCCGGGAUUCAGGUCCGUUACCUAAAAAUCAUUGAGAAAAGUGGAUACCAGGCUCUUCCAUGGGUGAGAUACAUAACAAUGGCGGGCGAAUAUGAACUGAGACUAAUGUAAAGGCAACUCACAUGUCUUACAGCUUUCAAUCAAGUAAAUAGAAUACAUGCUCGGGGAAUUUUCUUUCUAUACUGCUGCCAUUACGAGUAAACUCGUCUCCAGUGAUCUUUUGCAAUGGCUGCCACACAAGUUUAUUCAAUCAAUUUUUGUGUGUGUUUUACUUUUUCUUUUUGGUUAUAAUCAACAGCAGGAGAUUUUAUUUCAGGCCCAAACUUGGUUUGUGAAAGUAGGUUAUAGGUAAUGGUGAAUACCAAGUGUAUGGCUCAGUACUUUAUUGUUGUCAUGCUUGAAUUA